CAAAGAUAAGUUUUUAUAAUUUCUUUAAUGACAUGUAAUUUACCCGUAUCAUUUUAUUAUUGGGUCAAACGUGGGUAGGUACCCCCAGUGGGUACAACAACCCUAAGACUUAUUGAUAACAUGUUGAUCUCAAUAUGGAUAUGACUGGAGGUAGGUUUGCGGUCGUAAGCGAGGUUUGCGGUCGUAAGCGAAGGCUAAAACUUAUCAACAUAGCGUGCCAAGAAAACUUAGCUGAUACAAUAUUAAUAAUCUGCUGGGGGCCACCAGUGGACCCUUGAGAAAGUGACAAUAGGAUGCAACAAAGAGUAGCAGUGUACCCAUCCUUCGUCAUAUAUGGCUAAAUGAUGAAUGACCCUUGAGAAAGUAGUUGGUAGGAAACGACAAAGACCAGCAAUGUGCCUAAGUGCCUAUCCAUCAUUCUAUAUAUGCAUUACAAGUUACAAACCAUGCAACCACCAGGAAAUCACACAAAGAUCAUAGUCAACUAAAAGUCAGAUGGAUCAAGGGUCGGUCUCUCCUCAUGUCCUCAUCUUCCCUUUCCCCAUCCAAGGCAAUGUCAACUCCAUGCUCAAGCUCACCGAACUUCUUUGCCUUGCCGGCAUCCAAGUCACCUUCCUCAACUGCCACUACCCCCACCGCCGCCUCCUCUCUUAUUCCAAUAUUCAGGCCAGGUUCUCACGCUAUCCCGGCUUUCGGUUUGAGACAAUAUCCGAUGGGCUGCCGAUGGAGCAUCCUCGCACGGCUGAACAAUUCUUGGAUAUUGUUGAUGGAGUCAAAACUACAACCGCACCACUCUUUAUGGAGAUGAUGAUUUCAUGGUGCCGGAGUGCUUCUGAUACGCGCUCGCCUCUGACCUGUAUCAUAGCAGAUGGGCUCAUGAGUUUCUCAAUUGAUGUUGCCAACGAAGUCGGACUUCCCGUCAUUAUUUUCCGUGCUAUCAGUGCUUGUUCCUUCUGGGCAUAUUUCUCUUUACCCCAACUCAUCGAAGCUGGCGAAGUCCCUUUCAGAGGUGGUGAUAUGGAUCGGCUGGUAGCCAGUGUGCCUGGCAUGGAAGGCUUUCUUCGACGUCGAGACCUCCCAAGUUGCUGCCGCGUCAAAGACGUGGAUAACCCAGAUCUCCAAAAUCCCAUGAAAAAUAUUCGAAAAACCCAUGGAGCCCACGCGCAAGUUAUCAACACGUUUGAUGACCUAGAAGGGCCGAUCCUCUCUCAAAUACGCAAUCACUUUCCGAGAACCUACACCAUUGGACCUCUCCACGCACUCCUCAAAUCCAAGCUCGCAACUGAAACUUCCACGUCCCAGUCUUCCAACAGUUUCUGGGAAGAAGACAGAAGCUGCAUACCGUGGCUUGACCGCCAGCCCUCAAAAUCUGUUAUCUACGUAAGCUUUGGUAGUCUUGCAAUUAUUACAAAGGAGGAGCUGAGAGAGUUCUGGCACGGUUUGGUCAACAGCGGUAGCCGCUUCCUCUGGGUCAUACGACCAGAUGCUCUUGUCGGAAAAGAUGAAGAGCGUCAGACUCCGGCAGAACUCUUGGAAGGGACAAAAGAUAGGGGUUACGUAGUGGGCUGGGCUCCCCAAGAAGAGGUUCUGAAACACCCAGCCGUGGGUGGGUUUCUGACCCACGGUGGGUGGAACUCCACGCUUGAGAGUAUAGUGGAGGGCCUGCCAAUGAUAUGCUGGCCCUACUUUGCUGACCAGCAGAUCAACAGUAGGUUCGUGAGCCAUGUUUGGAAGCUUGGAAUGGACAUGAAAGACAGUUGCGAUAGAGUUACCGUUGAGAAGAUGGUGAGAGAUUUAAUGGUAGAAAAGAGGGAUGAAUUCAUGGAGGCAGCUGAUACCUUAGCCACAUUAGCUAAAAAAUGUGUGGGUGACGGUGGGUCCUCAUCCUGUAACUUGAACAGUUUGAUCGAGGAUAUAAGAUUGUUGAGCACCUGAUUUCCAUGAAAAAUUUCCCCUUUUUGUUACCCUAAAAUUAUAAGAUUGAACAAACUUUAAGUCUACGGAUGUCAUCGCCUUCUUUUCAGCCAAAGGCACGAUUUUAGAAAUGGUACAAAAAUAAGCAACGUGUCAUAUUCAUUAUAAUUCUUAUCGCAAUUUAAUCAAUAAUUUUGUUGAAUUUUGAGGGUGGUGAA